GCAGUGCCAGAGAAGUUCACCGGGUUUGCGGUGCACGACCCCUCCGAGGCGACGUGGUCCACGUUCAAGAGCUACAGCUACGACCCCAAGCCGUUUGAGGAGACGGACGUGGACAUCCGGAUCAGCACGUGCUCGAUCUGUGGGUCGGACGCCCACAGCGCCCGUAACGGGUGGAACAAGCCCAACGCGGUGUACCCGCUUGUGCCCGGGCACGAGAUUGUCGGCGAGGUGGUGCGUGUGGGCGGGGGUGUGAAGGACUUCAAGGUCGGGGACCGGGUCGGGGUCGGGGCGCAGUCGCAGGCGUGCCUCAAGUGCAAGAUGUGUCUGAGCAACAACGAGGUGUACUGUCCGCAGCUCGUGCACACGUUUGGCGGGGUGUACCACAACGCGGACGGCACCACCACCAUGUCGCAGGGCGGGUACGCCAACUACGUGCGGAUCCACGAGUACUUUGUCUUCCACAUCCCGGAGGAGCUGAGCGACGCGGAGGCGGCGCCGUUUCUGUGUGCCGGCGUGACCACGUACUCGCCCAUCAUCCGGAACCUGCCCCACGACCUGAUUGCCAGAGGCGUCCGGCCCAAGGUCGGGGUUGUUGGGCUCGGCGGGCUCGGGAUGAUGGCGAUCCAGUUUGCGCAUGCCCUGGGCUGCGAGACGGUGGUGUUCUCGCGUGGAGAGUCGAAGCGGGGCGACGCCCUCAAGCUCGGCGCCGACCGCGUGGUGAUCACGGGCACGGCGCCCGAGGGCAAGAGCUGGCUCGAGGACGUCGAGGAGAACCGCGACGUCAAGUUCGACCUCGACCUCGUGAUCUGCACGGCCAACAGCGCAGACAACUUCGACCUCAACACCUACCUCAAGGUGCUCAAGAUCAACGGCAAGUGGGUCUCCGUGGGCUUGCCCGAGACGCCCUUCACAGUGAGCCCGCGCUCCUUCAUGAGCAAUGCGUGUUUCAUGGGCGCCUCGCAUCUCGGCUCGCACGUGGAGAUGGUGGAGAUGUUCAAGCUCGCGGUGGAGAAGCAGAUCCGGCCGUGGGUGGAGUGUCUGCCUAUGUCUGCGGAGAACUGCAAGGUCGGCAUUGAGAAGUGUCACUACAACAAGUGCAAGUACCGGGUUGCCCUGACCGACGUCGAGAAGGCGUUC